UCGAAGAGGCUGCUUCAUUUACGGCUGUGGAUAGGAAUAUUGGCUUGCUUUUGUGAACACAAACACAUGCACAGUCUGACCUACGUAUCAUUGCAUCCUUAUGUUCCUGAGUAGUUAAUCGCGUGCAGAUCUAUAUCUGUUUUAACCCCUCUGCAGUUAAAUUCAGAUUAUUCAACGUUUGUACAUCUUUUUGGGUAAAUGAAGAGGAUGGUAGAGUGCAAUUGGGGAGGUGGUCGUGAUCAUAAUAACACCUAUAUUAGAUUCAAGUUUUAGAUAAGAUGUUUCGCACAAAUCACGGACUUGCAGAUUUGCAUGAAGUUUGAAUUCAGAUAAUAAUUUUUAAAUAAAAUAUCUCAUCCGAUUGUUAUGAAUUCUGUUGUGAAGUGUAAAGAAUUUGAUUUUGGGUGAAAAACGGAAAUCAUGCUUUAUUUAUUUUCGAACACAAACCGAGCAUUUGCAGGUUGAAAAAUUACAGAUUCAGAAUUAAAGCUAAGAAACAAGAAAAAAUAUGGCUGACGAUAAGCGGCAGGAGGCAGUCUGCGUGACCGGAGCCAACGGGUUCAUUGGAUCAUGGCUGGUCAAAACCCUCCUCAACUCUGGCUACUCCUCCAUCCACGCCUCCAUUUUCCCCGGCUCCGAUCCUUCCCACCUCUUCGAUCUUCCCGGCGCUAAAGACUGCCUGGUGGUGUACGAGGCCGACAUCUUGGAUCUGGAUGCAGUAUGCAAGGCCGUCGAUGGGUGUAAGGGUGUCUUUCACGUUGCCUCGCCUUGCACGCUGGAGGACCCAAAGGAUCCCGAGAAGGAACUGGUUCUGCCUGCUGUGCAGGGCACCCUCAAUGUGUUGCAAGCUGCUCUGAGGUCCAAGGUGAGGCGCGUGGUCCUCACUUCUUCCAUUUCUGCGCUGGUUCCCAACCCUAACUGGCCCCCGCACAAAACCUUCGACGAGUCCUCCUGGACCGACCUCGAUUACUGCAAAUCUCGCCAGAAAUGGUAUCCAGUGUCGAAGACAUUGGCGGAGAAAGCAGCUUGGGAAUUUGCUGAGAAGCACGGAAUAGAUGUUGUAGCCAUCCAUCCGGCUACAUGUCUUGGCCCACUCUUGCAAUCUGGUUUGAAUGCGAGCUGUGCAGUAUUGCUGAACUUGCUACAGGGAUCGCAGGAUACUCAAGAAUAUCACUGGCUGGGAGCUGUGCAUGUUGGAGAUGUAGCCAAGGCGCAAGUUUUGCUCUUUGAGACUCCUUCUGCUUCCGGUAGAUAUCUGUGUACCAGCGGUAUCUAUCAGUUUGGUGAUUUUGCUGAGAGAGUGUCUAAAAUUUUCCCUGAGUAUCCCAUCCACAGGUUUACCGGGGAAACUCAGCCAGGACUGACGGCAUGCCAAGAUGCAGCGAGGAGAUUAAUUGAUAUGGGUUUGGUCUUCACUCCUGUUGAAGAUGCUGUUCGGGACGCGGUGGAGAGCCUCAAAGCUAAAGGCUUCCUGCCCCCACAAACUGCCUGAGUCUUAGGCUAUUUCGUUAUUAUUAUUUUUUAUUUUUUAUUUUUGUUGGACUCUAUUAAUGGCAAAGGUUGCAACAAAGUUUUUAUUUUUAUUUUCUAGAAGUGAUCCAAUUACUCUCA